AUGUGGAAUAAUCUGGGUUCUUUUAGUGGAGGGUAUGGAGGAUUUGGAGAUACUGGUGCUGGAGGUGGGGGCUACUUGCAGUCACCUGGUGGGUUUGGCUCACCAGCUGGAGGCAGCCAAAGUGACAGAAAAACGAGGUCACGGGCCCAGAAAAUAGUUCCUUGUAUAGUGUCACAGCUAAUGUCUGCUAUUCAAACAGAAGAGAUUUUCAGGACUGGAGAGGUGGAAUUAUCUCAGGUAACUAUGGUUGGCAUGAUCAAAGAUGUGGAAAAAGCACCAACAAACAUUUUGUACAAAUUGGAUGACAUGACUGCACCCCCUAUGGAUGUUAGACAGUGGGUAGAUACUGAAAACAAGAAGAGCUUGGUAGCUUUUAAAAUCAUGGUUUUGGAAGACAUGAAUGAGUUAACAUCUCACAUGUUGGAGGUGGUGCAGGCUCACUUGCUGUUAAACAAACCACCGCUUGUACCUGGAGGAUCUCUAGCUUUGCACACCCCAAUGCGAAAUGAAGGGACAGUAGGAUUAUAUGAUGGUGGUAAUGAUGCAUUGAUGAAUGGACUAACAAGCCAACAAAGUCAGGUAUUGAAUUUGAUUCGCAACUGUCGAGAACAGGAAAGCAUGAGCAUUGACUACAUGAGGAAAACAUUGAAGAAUAUGAACAUCGUUGCAAUCAAGCAAGCAGUAGAAUUUCUGGGCAAUGAAGGGCACAUCUAUUCCACAGUGGAUGAGGAUUAUUUCAGGUCAACAGAUGUUGAAUAA